UUCAAUCGGGAGAGAGGGGAGGGAGAGAGAGAGAGAGAGAGGAGAGAGAGAGAGAGAGACUCAAAAUCAAUUCGACUCUUUCUCCCUCUCUACGCAUUAGCGUUAAUUGAUAUUCAUCUUUUUUUUUUUUUAAUUUUAAUUGACUGGAAAUCCAUCAAUUAUUGAUUGUGUUCGAGAUUGCACAGUAUGGGUUGCGCUGGAUCGCGCGAAAAAGGAAACGAAAAUUCUAAGAAGAUACGGAAGCCCAAGGCAUGGAAGCAUACGGAAGCAAUAACCAGAGCUCAAUUGGUAAAGAUGCGUGAGGAGUUUUGGGAUACUGCUCCACACUACGGUGGUCGAAAAGAGAUAUGGGAAGCACUUCGAGCAGCAGCCGAAGCAGAUUUAACUCUGGCACAAGCAAUUGUCGACAGUGCUGGUGUUAUCGUACAAAAUCCCGAUUUAACAACCUGCUACGAUGAGAGAGGUGCAAAGUACGAGCUGCCCAAAUACGUUCUGAGCGAGCCUACAAAUCUGAUCCACGAAAAUUGAAAAAAAAAAACCUGCGCAGACUGUAUAUUUCUGUAAAUUCAGUUUCCGUUUGUCGUUUUAUUUCGAAUUUUUCAUUACCAGUUUGCCGAACACAUUUUGUCAUUAACGUUUGUUUAAUUAGUUAAUCCUAAAAGGGGUUUGCAUGUGAUU